AUGCUCUCGAAGAUCUCCGACCACAUCGAGCGGUCCGGGAAUCGCUCCCGCACCACCCGCUCCAUCUCCUGGUACGCCUCUGCCGCCGCCUCCCUCCUCGUUUUCAGCGCCGACAGUUUCCCCCGCCACCACUUGUCGCGCCCCCAAUGGCCGCGCCGCCGCCAGCCACCGCGUUCCACCUCUCCUGGAGCGACACGCGCGUCCCCAGCGCCCCUCCCAGCCACCUCCUCCCACCGCGGCCCGCCUGAGCCCGCGGUCAGCCCGCCUGAGCCUGCGGUCAGCCCGCCUGAGCCCGCGGUCAGCCCGCCUGAGCCCAUCUGGGCCCGGGUCAGCCCGCACGCGCCGCUGCCCGGCUCCCGCUCGCCUGACCUCUCGCUACAGCCCGCCGCCGUCGUCCUCGACCACCGCCACUUCGCCCAGGCCUCCGCCUCGCCUCUGCCUCAUCACCGCCGGCGAGCACGGCACCCCGCCUCCGUCUGUCAGGUCGCCGCCUACCUCUCCUCUCUUCCUCGCUCGCCGCCCUCACCCGCUCUCUCCCUCACCAGGACCUGCUGCCGCCUGGAGCUCCCGAGCGCCGCCGAGCCUCCUUGUCGCCGGGAACGAGCCCCAGCCUCGGUCUCUGGACUCCUCCGGCCCGACCUCACCCGCUCCGGCCGCGCCCCGCCGUGGAUCCCGCGCCGCCCUGCCUUCCCUCGAUCCCCUCUGGAUCGAGGACGACGACGACCGGCGCCGCCGGCCUCGUGGGCCGACCUCCCCAGGACCCAGGACCCCGACCCGUCUGCCUCGCCCGGCCUGCCUCCCCCCGCCUGGGCCAAGCCCACGAUGUGA